AUGACCACCGUCCACACGCCCACCGGCCCUCCGAAGGUGCGCGCCGCCAAAUCGUGGGACAAGCUCAGGAGGAAACCCAGCUGGUCGCAGCCGUCGAGCCCGGAGGAGAAAGAUGCAGUCGCCGCGGGGAAGAGGAGCCCCGACGAGAACCGCGCGGGGCGCUCUUCCAACACCCACGACGAGGGAGCGUUCGCCGGGGCGAUGGCCAAGCUGAAGGUAUCUCCCCCGAAAGGCACCGCCGGCGCGAGACGGGGCGAAUCGUCCAGCCCGCCCAAACCCGCGCCCGCGUCGGCGCAGAAGAAGCCUGCGGAAACCGAGCAACCGCCGACCAGGAGCGCGCAGGACGCGCGGGUGUCGUCGUCCGCCGAGCCGAGCUCGACGACCUCGGCGCCGGGGGCGGACGCGGGCGGGGAGGACGGGCUCGACCGCGGCGCCGCGUUCGAGUGGCUCCUUCAACGACAGAUCGAGGUCGAGAUGACGCUGCGGGAGAAGAAGGUGGCGUCCGCCGAGGACCUGGAGCACGUCGCGGAGACUUUCCGCGACUUGAACCAACUCUUCCUCGAGCUGCACGCGGCGGCGGCGGAGCUCACCGUGGCGAACAAGAGGCCGUGCUCGGUCGCCGCGCUGUUCCAGGAGCUUCUGCACAAGAUCGCCGGCGUCAACGCGGGUUUAGGGAUGGAGGGGCAGCGGGGCGAGGGCAACGUGCCGAUGCACCAGGCCAAGGUUUUGGACCGACGGCACCGAACGUCGACGGAAUGCGGCGACGUGAACAUGGUCCUCGGGCCGGAACGCGUCCGGGGGAUGGUCCUCCGGGUGCGGGACCUGCGACAGGCGCUGAGGAUCAAGGUGGAGGACGCCAACGACGUGCGCAUGGCGGAGGAGGCUGUCAAGGCGGGACACGCGUUCUGGACCAAGCUGCGGGAACACGCGAAUGCACACGGCGCGGAUGCGUUCGCCGCGCUGGCGAAGCUUCGCGACGCGUGA